UGACUCGGACGGAAAUGACGCAAUUAAAGUACUUUCGAAAACGCAGGCGGGGAACCCGGGGAAUAAUUCAUAACAAACCAUAGCAGAUCAUCAUAUAUGCAUACGCUUUCCAAUACGGACAUAUAGGAGUUUAUUAUCCGAUAAACGGCAACUUUAUUAACGCAAAUAACUGAGCGUGCAGAGGCUCGAUUGGUACACAGAGAGACAUGCCGAGUGAUCAGGUGCGUUUGGGUCGGAAGCGCCCGCUACCGUCCUGCCCGAAUCCUUUAUUCCUGCAGUGGUUAACCGAGCUGCGUGAUCACGCUAAAGAAAAGGGUUUGAAAACACAGUACGUGUACCAAAAGGCAAUAAACUCGUUGAAAAAAUAUCCUCUACCGCUGAAAAACGGGAAGGAGGCGAAGAUCCUGCAGAAUUUUGGAGACGGGAUCUGCAAGAUUUUGGAUGAGCGUCUUCAAAAGCAUUGCCUUGAAAACGGUUCUGAUGCCCCUAUCCAAUUGGCUACUACGUGCCAUAGAAGCAACAUGACAGAACCUCACAGGGAUACUCAAGGAAUAAGUCACAAACACAUGAAACAACCAGAAAAAGAUGUCACAAAGAAAAAAGCAACCAAAAACAAGAGGGAGUACGUGCCCCAAAAGAGAUCCGGAGGUUAUGCUGUAUUGCUAACAUUGUACAGGCAUGCACAGAUGCCUGGCAAUAAAGGCUUUAUGUUUAGGACUGAACUACAGACUGAAGCACAGGCGCUGUGUGAUAAGUCCUUUACAGUGCCUGAUCUUGGCAGCAAGUACACUGCUUGGUCUUCGGUGAGCACACUUAUUCAGAAAGACCUUCUGGUGAAGACUCACAAUCCUGCCAGGUAUUCGCUGACUGAACAGGGUCUGGCUCUAGCCGAAAAGCUGGAUUCAAGUGAGGGAGGGGUGCAUAAAGAACCUGUGGUGGAAAAGAGUGAGGAGGACAGUUCAGGGGAUGGGCCAGAUGUUGUGGAUUUGACUUUAGAGGAGGACAAAGAUGAGGAGGAAGAGACUUGCCCCAGUAAGUCUUCAGAAAGCCUUGCCACAGCGCUUUCUGUGAACCAGAUAACUGAUUCAGAUGCCUCAGGAAGAUCCCAGGCCUUUGAAACGGGGAGAUCAGCAACAAGUUGGCGUCUUCUCCCAGGCUCUUAUGAAAUUGUGUUAUGUGUUGACGUCAUCGAGACAACAGGGGGAAGCAGUGCUCGCAAACAAGAGUUGGUGAAGGAGCUGCAAAGGAAUGGUGUGAAUUUUGACAUCAGGAAACUAAAUGUAGGAGACUUCAUGUGGGUGGCACGUGAGAAGGUGGCACCUGUGCCUGGACAGUUACGUCCACCAGUGGGAAAAGAACUAGCACUCGAUUAUAUAAUUGAAAGGAAGAGAAUGGAUGAUCUGUGUGGAAGCAUCAUAGAUGGACGCUUCAAAGAGCAGAAGUUCAGACUGAAGAGGUGUGGUCUGCGUAAGCCCAUUUAUCUAGUAGAGGAGUGCGGAUCGGCGGCAGCUCAUCUCAGUUUACCCGAGAGCACAUUACAACAAGCUAUAGUCAAUACACAGGUGGUCGAUGGCUUCUUUGUGAAGCGUGUACAGGAUAUGAAGGAGUCAGCUGCUUACCUCACGAUCAUGACCAGAUACCUCCAGAAACUUUAUCAGAAUUGCACUUUAUUUUGCCGCUCCCGAGAAUUGGAGGGGGAUGGAGAACAUGACAUGGCACAAACUGAGAACUUUUCCUGUUCUCUCAUAGCUUUCACAGAAUUCAAUUAUGGGGCUGUUAAAAACAAGUGUCAGACAGUGAGAGAAGUGUUCGCAAGGCAGCUCAUGCAGAUCAGUGGAGUCUCUGGGGAUAAAGCGGCCGCUAUACUUGAGCUCUAUGGCACAAUCAGCAGCUUAUUGAAAGCAUACGAUCAGUGCACCAGUGAAACAGAAAAAGAGAAGCUACUUUCAUCCAUUAAAUACGGAAAACUUAAAAGAAAUAUUGGACCAGCAUUAAGUCGCACUAUAUAUCAGCUUUAUUGUACACGUGGACCUCUGUCAUAGACUUUGAUUCUUUAAAAGAAAUUACUGGCAUAUCUUUUUUACUGUACAUUUUUUUGCCUCUGAAAUAAUGUAUAAAGGUGCUAAUAAAGAUGUGAAU